CUGUAUCUUUCUCUCUAGCCAGAGUGAGAUGAGAUCAGAUGACCCCAUGAUUUAAUGGCUUAUAUUCAUGGGGAUGCAAUUGUGAAGGAUCAAAGCUUGCAUCUUUCUGUUUGUUUUUGAACCUCAAUCAGUCGGCCAUGGCUCCCAGCAAGGCUGAUUCCAGUGCUUCCUGUGGAGAUGGAGAUGCAAUUGUUUCAUGCUCAAAAACAGAAAAUGGUUUUUCUAGUUCACUUUCUCUUUGUCAUUCCGAGAAGGCAGUGGAGGAACUUCUUCAACAAACUCCUCUACAGGGAACGGAUGAUCAUCUAGUAGAAUUCUCAGAGGCCUUGAGAACUGUCGCGAAGGCAUUAAGACGAGCUGCUGAAGGGAAGGCUUCUGCUCAAGCUGAAGCUGCUGAGUGGAAGCGUAGAUAUGAACUAGAGAGAUCACGGAAUCUGCAGUUGGAGCAUAAAGAGAAAUUACCUGGGGAGUGUAUUGGUAAUCUUGAUGGUCAUAGGGCAGAGAACUCAGUUAAAGAACCAGUGCCACAGAUUGAACAAAAUGAGCAUUCUGAGAAAGACUGUAUGAAGCAUGGAAUUUGCUCCCAUGAGGUUCUUCAUGAUGGGGAAUCUGAUUCAAGUCCCAAUAUGGCUAAUAAAAACAUGAUGAAAAAGGCUUCAUUUAAACUUUCAUGGUGGUGCAAGGGUGCAAAUGAAGAUCAGCACAACCAUGAUAUUGUCUCUUUUGAAAGAGGAAAUAUUACAACUGCUGAGCGCAGCAGUAAACAGAUUUCUUUGAAGUGGGAAUCUGACCCUCAGACUGUGCUUAUUUUGAAAAAACCAAAUUCAGUUUCAGUUCGAAUUCUUUGUGCAGAAAUGGUCAGAUGGUUGAAAGAGCAUAAAAAGUUAAACAUUUAUGUGGAGCCACAGGUGAAAGCUGAACUUCUAACAGAGUCUUCUAUCUUCAACUUUGUGCAAACAUGGAACGAAGAGAGGGAAGUUUUGCUUCUGCACACGAAAGUUGACCUUGUGAUAACACUUGGUGGAGAUGGAACUGUUUUAUGGGCAGCAUCAAUGUUCAAGGGACCAGUUCCUCCGAUUGUCCCAUUUUCUUUGGGGUCAUUGGGUUUCAUGACGCCCUUUCAUACUGAACCUUACAGAGAAUGCCUUGAUACAAUCCUAAGGGGGCCGAUCAGUAUCACUUUACGACACCGCUUGCAGUGCAUAGUUAUUAGAGAUGCAGCUAAAAAUGAAUAUGAAACUGAAGAACCUAUUCUUGUCUUGAACGAGGUUACAAUUGACCGUGGAAUAUCAUCAUACCUCACAAAUCUUGAAUGCUUCUGUGAUAAUUCCUUUGUCACUUGUGUUCAAGGGGAUGGUUUAAUUUUGUCCACUACAUCUGGUAGCACUGCAUAUUCCUUGGCAGCUGGAGGUUCAAUGGUCCAUCCAGAGGUUCCAGGCAUCUUGUUUACACCCAUUUGUCCACAUUCAUUAUCCUUUCGGCCCCUGAUAUUGCCCGAGCAUGUAACAGUGCGUGUACAAGUACCUUUUAACAGCAGAAGCUCUGCCUGGGUAUCAUUUGACGGAAAGGACAGAAAACAGUUGGCAGCUGGGGAUGCGCUUGUAUGUAGCAUGGCACCUUGGCCUGUGCCUACAGCUUGUCAAGUUGAUUCCACAAACGAUUUUCUCCGCAGUAUCCAGGAUGGCCUCCACUGGAAUCUGAGAAAGACACAGUCAUCUGAUGGCCCUCGGGAUUCAUAACCUCAUUUAAAAAUGCUUCAGCUAGCUGGAGUCUAACCUGUUUCGUUAUCAUACGUCUAGAGCCAUCAGAGGAGGAAAACUACAUCUGUAAUGGCCGUAAUCCUUUGCAUGCUUUUAAAAACAUAUGAUUAUUCUUAUCCUCUCCCCCCCCCCCUAAAGGUCGCAGAACACUUUUAUUUGUAUUUUCAGUUGAUGAUCAUGAAAAAUGUAGGUAAUAGCUGCUGGAUGCUAUUAGUAGAAAGCAAAAAAAGAUGCACUUUAGCACACUAUAGAUUGUUGGACGUGAUAUAUGUUCAUAACAUCCAGAUGAUCUUUGGAAACAGUAUAUCUGAUCUAAGUGUAUAGAUUGAAUAUGUGCCUGGAUUAUGCUCUUUCUAU